UUAAACCUCAGAAGAGGGCUGCCUCUCUCUCUCUCUCUCUCUCUCUGUUUCAGGCGCAUCCCUCCCCACCGAGCGAAGAUGGUGAAGAAGAGUAAAAAGAGUAAGAGUAAAAGAAUCCCAUUGAGGAAGAAGUACAAGGUGAUAAGGAAGGUGAAAGAGCACCACAAGAAGAAGGCGAAAGAGGCCAAAAAGCUUGGAUUGGGUCGCAAGCGCAAGGUCGAGAAGGACCCUGGUAUUCCCAAUGAUUGGCCUUUCAAGGAACAGGAGCUCAAGGCUCUCGAAGCUCGCCGGGCUCGCGCUCUUGAGGAAAUGGAGCAGAAGAAAGCCGCUCGCAAAGAAAGGGCUCAAAAGAGGAAGUUAGGGUUGCUAGAAGACGACGAUGUAUCAAAAUUGUCAGCGAAAGAAGAUGAAAAUAUUGGUGAUCGUUCUGCUGGGUUUGCGAAGGCCCGUGACAGCUCAGACAGGGCUUUCUACAAGGAAUUGGUGAAAGUGAUAGAAGCAUCAGAUGUCAUUUUGGAAGUUCUUGAUGCUCGGGAUCCCUUGGGCACCCGUUGUAUUGAUAUGGAAAAGAUGGUGUUGAAAUCCGGCCCUGAAAAGCAUCUUGUCUUGCUACUGAAUAAAAUUGAUCUUGUUCCUCGAGAAGCUGUUCAGAAGUGGCUCAAUUAUCUUCGGGAAGAAUUGCCGGCUGUGGCUUUCAAGUGUAGCACUCAGGAGCAGAGGUCGAAUUUGGGGUGGAAAUCUUCCUCAAAGGCAGCUAAAACGAGUAACCUUCUACAGACAAGUGAUUGUCUUGGAGCUGACACUCUUCUUAAAUUGUUAAAGAAUUACUCCAGAAGCCAUGAGAUCAAGAGAUCCAUUACAGUGGGCAUUAUUGGCCUGCCGAAUGUUGGUAAAAGUAGUCUCAUUAAUAGCUUGAAGAGAUCCCAUGUUGCCAAUGUUGGGUCCACUCCAGGAUUAACCAGAUCACUACAAGAGGUUCAGUUAGAUAAGAAUGUAAAACUGCUGGACUGUCCUGGUGUUGUGAUGCUUAGGUCUAAAGAAAAUGCUGUGCCUAUAACCCUUCGAAAUUGCAAAAGAAUUGAAAAGUUAGAGGACCCUAUCAGUCCAGUGAAGGAAAUUCUCAAGCUUUGUCCGGCCAAACUGUUGGUAACUAUAUACAAAGUCCCAAACUUUGAUUCGGUAGAUGACUUUCUGCAGAAGGUGGCUACUGUGAGGGGUAAGCUCAAAAAGGGUGGUGUUGUAGAUGUCGAAUCAGCAGCAAGAAUAGUUCUGCGUGACUGGAAUGAGGGAAAAAUUCCAUAUUACACUAUGCCCCCAGUUAGGACUCAAGAUGAACCUUCAGAAGCAAGGAUUGUUUCAGAGCUUAGCAAAGAGUUUAACAUCGAUGAAGUGUACUGUGGAGAAUCGUCGUUCAUUGGGAGCCUCAAGUCUGUUGAUGAUUUCCAGCCCGUUGAAGUUCCUCCAAGCCAGCCUUUUAAAUUUGACGAAGACAUGGUAGAGGACGAUGGAGAACAACGAAUGUCAACUCAAGGGGAAGGAACUUCCCACAUGGCUGAUGAUAAUGAUAGUGAUGGUGAUGACCAGUUGUUGGAACCCGAAGAGGAUGAUGAUGCGGGCAAGGCAAAGGGAAAGACGGCUACGAGCAGGCAAAAUGAGAAGCUGUAUGCUGCAGAAGGUAUGCUUAAUACAAAGUUGAAAAGGGCAGAAAAGAAGAGAAGGAAAAAAACCAAUAAAUCAAACCCGGUAGAUGCUCUGGAUGACGACUAUGACUUCAAGGUGGAUUACAUCAAGAAGGGAUCUGCGAUGGAUGUUAGUGAUGAGAGUGGAGAAGAAUAAUUAAAGGAUUAGCUGGUACGGGAAGUGGAAAUCUUGUUCGCCUUCAGAUGCUUGGCGAUUCCUGUAUGGGCUGGCUCAAUUUCUUUAUUGUCUUGUCAGAGUUCGUUUUUGUCCCCCUUUUUUUUCUCUGUUUUAAGAAAAUUUCAGUGUCUGGAAUUGGAUUCACUUACAAAUAUAAGAAAAUUUUGUGUUAUGAUA